CGUGGUCCGGCGUCCCCGCGCAGGCGACUUCUAACGCCGGUGCUUCCGGGUUGGCAGCUGCUGUGGCUGCGGCGGCCGGAUACCUGAAGCUGGGGCGGCGCAGGAACCCCGGGGGUAGGCCCGGUGCAGCUGGAGAGCAGGGAGCGCCCGGCGCGGAUGCGCCCGCCAGGCCGCUGGGUAGGCGGGCCGCGAUCCAGACCUCGUCGGCCGUCGCAAGAGGCUUAAUCCUUCUUGGCUUCUGAAGAAAAUGGCAGAAAUAUCAUCAGAGCCUUCUGGGCAGCUUGUUGUACACUCAGACACUCACAGUGACACUGUCCUGGCAAGUUUCGAAGAUCAGAGAAAGAAAGGCUUUCUCUGUGACAUUACUUUAAUCGUGGAGAAUGUGCAUUUCCGGGCCCACAAAGCCUUACUGGCUGCCAGUAGCGAAUACUUCUCCAUGAUGUUUGCGGAAGAGGGGGAGAUCGGCCAGUCCAUUUAUAUGCUGGAAGGCAUGGUGGCUGACACAUUUGGUAUCCUGCUGGAAUUUAUCUACACGGGUUGUCUGCAGGCCAGUGAGAAAAGUACGGAACAAAUCCUGGCUACUGCUCAGUUUUUAAAAGUCUAUGACUUAGUAAAGGCUUACACAGACUUUCAAAAUAACCAUAGCUCCCCAAAGCCAACGACUUUGAACACAGCCGGUGCACCAGUGGUUGUUAUUUCUAAUAAGAAAAAUGAUCCUCCAAAGCGGAAACGGGGAAGACCAAGAAAAGUCAACAGUUUGCAGGAGGGGAAAUCAGAACUGGCUACAGAGGAUGAAAUACAGCUGAGAGUGAACAAUUCCGUUCAGAACAGACAAAACUUUGUGAUUAAAGAGGGAGACAAUGGGGUACUGGAUGAACAGAUUUCAGCAAAAGAAAUAGAAGAAUCUGAGCCUGCUUGUGAGCCAGGUAGAGGGGAAGAAAUGCCUGCUGAAAAAGAUGAGAACUGUGAUCCUAAGACUCAGGAUGAGCAGGACCACCAGACUCGGUACAGCAAGCGGAGGAUUCAAAGAUCCAUCAAACUUAAAGAUUACAAACUUGUUGGGGAUGAAGACGAACAGAGUUCCUCCAAGAGAGUCUGUGGAAGAAGAAAGCGCCCCAUUGGCCCCGAGGCCCGUUGUAAAGACUGUGGCAAAGUCUUCAAGUACAAUCACUUUUUAGCAAUCCACCAGAGGAGCCACACGGGGGAACGACCUUUCAAAUGCAACGAGUGUGGAAAAGGCUUUACCCAGAAGCACUCCCUGCAGGUCCACACCCGGAUACACACGGGCGAGCGGCCAUACACCUGCACCGUGUGUAGCAAGGCUCUCACCACCAAGCAUUCACUGCUGGAGCACAUGAGCCUGCACUCAGGACAGAAGUCUUUUACCUGUGAUCAGUGUGGAAAAUAUUUCAGCCAGAAAAGACAACUAAAGAGCCAUUACCGAGUUCAUACAGGCCACUCAUUACCGGAAUGCAACCACUGCCAUCGCAAAUUCAUGGAUGUGUCUCAGCUAAAGAAACAUCUACGAACACACACAGGUGAGAAGCCGUUUACUUGUGAAAUCUGUGGCAAAUCUUUCACAGCAAAGAGUUCUCUUCAGACGCACAUCAGAAUCCAUCGAGGGGAAAAGCCAUACUCCUGUGGCAUAUGUGGCAAAUCCUUCUCUGACUCCAGUGCCAAGAGGAGACACUGCAUUCUACACACAGGCAAAAAGCCUUUCUCCUGCCCUGAGUGUAACCUACAGUUUGCUCGCUUAGACAACUUGAAGGCUCACUUGAAAAUCCAUAGCAAAGAGAAACAUGCAUCAGAUGCCAGCAGCGUUUCCAGCAAUAAUAACACUGAAGAGGUCAGGAAUAUUCUUCAGCUGCAGCCAUAUCAACUCUCUACCUCUGGAGAGCAGGAAAUUCAGCUUCUUGUAACUGAUUCUGUGCAUAACAUCAAUUUCAUGCCUGGUCCUAGUCAAGGAAUCAGCAUCGUCACUGCAGAGAGUUCCCAGAACAUGACCGCAGACCAGGCUGCUAACCUCACCCUGCUCACACAGCAGCCAGAACAACUGCGGAAUUUAAUUCUUUCAGCUCAGCAGGAGCAAACAGAACACAUUCAGAGCCUCAAUAUGAUUGAAAGCCAGAUGGAACCCUCGCAGACCGAGCCAGUGCAUGUAAUCACACUCUCCAAGGAAACCUUGGAGCAUCUUCACGCCCACCAAGAGCAAACAGGGGAGCUCCAUUUAGCAAGUGCUUCAGAUCCGGCUCAGCACCUGCAGCUGACACAGGAGCCUGCUCCACCAACACCCAGCCACCAUGUGCCCCAGCCCACACCGCUUAGCCAGGAGCAGAGCUGACCUGGAAACUUUUGACUGUUCUACUGGUUUCUUCUCCAUAAGCCAGCUAUAGUGAGGUUGUGUGCUUGAACGCAGGCUUAUCCUGAAACACUCACAGAUCCUUACAGAGAUGUGAUAGCUAGCUGAUAGUUGUGCAUUCCAUCCAGGCAGCAGGAUUGUAUCAUGUCCUAUAUAUAGUACUGACUGGAAUUUAGCAUUUCAGUGUUGAUGAAUGGUUUUUACUUCAUCUACUGCAUCUCUUAAAGACUUGGGUAAUUUUUCUUUGGGUAUAUUUAGAUUUUUGUGUAGGUAUUAAAUGUUCACAGCCAUAGGCUAUGGUCUUGCUGACCUUUCCAGUUACAGUUUUUUUUAAAAAAAAACGAAUGAAGUCAUAUGUUGAAUUGGAUAGAAUGGUUUGUUGCACUUCCUCAUUUCUCAUAGGCAAUGAUAUUUGAUAUUCAUGAUGAAGUUAGAGCUUUCUUAAUUAUCCUGGAAUAAAAAAUUUUAUUCAGUGCAAUUUGUGUUAAAUAUACUGCACUGAAUUCUAAUCAACCUCUGAAAAUGUUGAUCUAUAUAUUAUGGCUGAUAACUUUCUGGAGAUGGGAACUUAUAAGCUAUUUUUAUUGCAGAGUAUGUGAAAUCCCACAAAAUGGACACAUUAUUUUUUUAAAGUAAAUAUCUUCUCAUAAUCUUAAAAAUAAUUUUGAGCCUCAGAGACUUAGUAGCCAGCAUGUGUCUGUAACCAUGAUUUUAAAUCGUUGUCAAAGAUUAAAUUAUAUUUAGGUUAGGUUUUCCCAGCCCACAAUAUUUUAUUGAAUAUUUAUCAUUUUCUCUCAAGUAAACUAGAAGAGGAUUUUUGAAAAAAGGUGGGCACUAGUAUAUGUACGUUAACAUAAUGCUGGUAGAGAGAAGGGGUAAUCUACCCUAAAAUUAACCGGAUCGUCACAUUCAUUACUUGUUUUCUUGUUUUAGACAUCUUUGAUAUCCACCUGAAUCAUUAAAUUUGGAGGUUAAAAGAGAAUUGUUCAGGUUUGAGAGAAGAUGAAAGCAUUUUUCGAAUAUAGUUGCCAAAAUAUAUUUUAGUGUAUAUAAGUCACAAAAUUUCCAAAAUGAUUUAUAUGUUUCGACCAAAGUGAUGUUAAAUCAAACCUGACUAGAGCAAAAGUAUAAUUUUUGCAAAUGCAGUUAAUGCCUUAAAGAUUAUUUCAGGUUUUUGACUUAGUCAUUUAAACUGUUUACUUUAACCUUAUUCUUAAAAUGCUAAGCUUUUACCAGCUUUCAAAGCCUACUGGCCCACAUUUUCUCCAGGAGGUAAAUAGUAUUCAAGUAAAUGAAUAUUUAGCUACUCACUCUGGAUAGCUGGAUAAUUAUUCAGGAAAUAUGGUCACAUGACUAUAAGACAAGUUUAACUAGCUUUAUGACAGUCUACUGUGCUAAGAGAAAUUUAAUAUGAACCGCGUGUAAUUUUAAAUUUCUAGUAGCCAUAAUUAAAACAAAAGGCAAAAUUUUAAUAAAACAGUUUAUUUAAUCCAA